AACUAUAAAACAGCUCUGCAUACUGAAUGUAAAAAGAGCUGAGGGAGUGUUAACAAGGCGUUUUUAUAUGUAAAGGAAUCUGUUGGAAACGUAAUGAAAGUGAUAAGAUGACAGAAAACUAAUAUUCAAGUAAUGGGAAACGAAUCCAGCUCGUUAGAAGACUGUACUCUCCAGCCGGCGCUAGAUUUUGAAGCGUUGCGUGGUUGGUCUGUGUGUCCAGCACAGUGGAAAGAUGGCUCCAAGGUGACGGUGUUCUUCCACAAGAAACCCGAGCCGGAGAAGAGGGGGUUUGUGGAAAAUGCUGUCAAGCAACUGAAGACAAUACGUCAUCCCAGUGUGCUGCGCUUCUUCACUUCCUUCACCAGUCCUCAGGGUCUGCAUAUUGUCACAAAACCAGUCAGUCCUCUGCUGCUGGCUCUUGAGGCAGGAAAACUGUCUUCAGUGGAAAUAUCAGCAGGAAUCUACAAUAUUAUUGAAGCUUUGAGUUUUUUGCAUGAAAGGGUUGGUGUGUCCCACAAUAAUGUGAGUUUAGCUUCCAUUUUUGUGAGUGAAGAUGGGAGCUGGAAACUGGGAGGUCUGGACUAUGUCUGCAAACUCACAGAGGCUACAAUAGAGCAGCUACAGGCAUGCAAAACUUUUAGAAAUGAAGAGGCUAUUACUCCAGAGGAGAAGAAUGGGCAAGUGGUGACGGGGCUGCAGUAUGCUCAUGCAAGAGAUGCAUAUGCUUUUGGCAGACUGGCUGAAGCCUUGUUAGAGUACUUGGUGGACUUAGGUGAUUUAACAAAGACUUUUGAACUAAGAAUUCAAGAUGAGUUUCUGCACCAAGAUCCAAGGCAAAGACCACAUGUGAGCUCUUUGCUACAGGAUAGGUUGUUCAGGAACGAGUUCUUGGAAAUAAAAAUGUUCCUGAAAAAUAUAACACUAAAGUCUGAUGAGGAGAAAAAAGAAUUUUUCUGCACAGUGGUGGAGAAGCUGUUGUCUCUGCCAGCAGACCUCGUAGCCUCUAGGCUGGCAGAGCCGCUCUUGUCGCGCUUCGUGUUACUGGACACCAAUGCAGUGGAUCACGUGAUACCACAUGUCCUCACUCCAGGAGAAGAAGACACAGAUAUAAAUAAUAAAGUGCAAUCUAAGGAAACUCAUAAGGAAGAUAGGCCGGUGCCUAUCCUGCCUCGGAGACUGUAUCAGAAACAUGUCAUCCCUAUCUUAUACAGGAUUUUCCAUGUCAAAGAUGCACACAUCAGGCUUGUGAUUCUCACACAUUUCAGACACUUUGCUCAUUUAUUUGAUAAGGAAUCAUUACAGGAUGUGAUUCUGCCACAGUUGUUGCUUGGUUUGAGGGACACUAAUGACCAGAUAGUGUGUAAGUCUCUGGAGGCUCUUGCAGUGUUAGUGCCAGUAUUAGGAGGGGACGCUGUGAUAGGAAGGUCAAGGUCAAAGAUAUUUAUAGAAGGAAAACCCAGAGCCUUGAAGAUAGAGGAGACCAGCUCAGGGGAUCACAUUCCAGUCCCUAACACAGUCAGCAAAGUCUUAGACCUGACUAAGUCAACCACGGGGGAAGUGUGCAAUGGAGAUCUAAAGAGACACCCCAGUGAUGAGAGUGAGGACAGAAAACUACAGCUAUUAAAAGAAAGAGAGAAGAGGAAACAGGAGGCAAAGAGAAAAGCUGAAGAAAGGAGAAGAAAAAGGGAAAAUAAAAAGAUCCAGGCUGAAAAAGUUUCAGAAAGAACUAUAAAAAUGGACCAAGAUCUGACUACUGAACAGCAGACUUCCACAGCUGACAUUAACAUAUUAGAGGACAUCAAUAGAGAUUCUGAAAAAGAGGAAGGUGAUAAACCUUUAACAGGAAGCAUUAGUGCUGCCAAAGCACAGAAGGAGAAAGAGAUCCAUUCCAAUAUUGAAAGAAAUGAGUCUGAGGAAGAUGCUGCUCCGCUGUCUGAAAAUGAGGAAAAUUGGACAGAUUGGGAUGAGGAACAGGCCAUGGACGCUGCUAUUGAGAAAGAAAUCGAGGAAGAAAUGGAAAAUCUGGAGAGGAAGGACGCUGAGUUGAGGCUGUCCCCUGUGGAACCCAUACACAUAGACUGGUCUGGUGUAGAGGAGAAAGUGGAGGUCAGAUCUAUUAUCCCAAAGGAAGCCAAAAAGGGCAAACUGAAACUGAAAAGCCCAAGCAUGAAAGAGGAGGCAGAAAGUGGAAAAAGCUUCAAGUCACCAAGAUCUAAGUCACUGGAUUCUGGAAGUAAAGAGGAGGCUGAUGAUUUCAGUUGGAAUACUAGUGAUUGGGCAGAAACUCCUGCAAACCAGCCAUCUUCCUUGGCAUCUCCAAGGCAGCAACAGGGUCCCUCAAAUUCUUCCAGAAAAAACUCUACUACUGAGAAAGCAAAAGGAAGAGAAAGUGGUAGCACUGGUGGGCACAUGAUAAACACUGAGCAGCUAGGGGCAGAGUUUGAUGUUUUAGCUAUAGAGAUAAAAGCAACUCCAAAAGUGCAGGAAUUUGAUUUCUUUGCUGACAUGGCACCUGAUAUCUCUCCCUCAGCUUCUUUGCAUUUGGGAAGUAAGACCACUUCAGAGGCAGAUACGCUGGAUGACAAGAAGAAACAGGAGAUAACACCAAAACAGACUCCCAUUUCGUUUGCUGCAAUGGACAUUACUACAGACGUGACAGAGCCUGGGGGUUGGGAGGAUGAGGACCUAGAGUGGGGAGAGGAUGACAAGUGGUGACUGGGAGGACGAGGACCUAGAGUGGGGAGAGGAUGACAAGUGGUGACUGGGAGGAUGAGGACCUAGAGUGGGGAGAGGAUGACAAGUGGUGACUGGGAGGAUGAGGACCUAGAGUGGGGAGAGGAUGACAAGUGGUGACUGGGAGGAUGAGGACCUAGAGUGGGGAGAGGAUGGCAGGUGGUGACCACAGAGUAUACUGUCCUAGUCUCAGAUAAUUAUUGGUUUACUUGACCGUUAUGGUAAUAAUUGACCGUGGUAAAGGGAUAUGUUUUAUAUUAUAAUAGGAGCUGCAAUAUACAAAUAGCAUUAGUCUGGUGGAUUUUUGGUUCAUACAUAUUUGUUGCUGUUGUUGAAAUAUAAUCUUAUUGGAAAGAAUAUUUAAAGGUCAAGGGACACUGAUUUUAUCAUUAGCACUUUAAGGUAGAACAUUUUUGAACAGGCAUCAUAAUUCAAUUGUCAUAGUUAAAUAAUCAGAACUGGAAUUUCACUUGAGGAUGCAAGACACUGUUUAUCAGGGUGUCACUAGUUUGAUGGAUUGUGUGCAAAUUUUCUGUGAUUCAUUUAAUAUUUUGACAUUUUAGACCAGUACAUUAGUAUUUUCACCUAUGUCCAACAUAUCUGCAAAGUCACCAGUUUCAUAGUCGAAUUUUUGGAGAAAAGUUAUGGAAUGCCAGUCUGAACUCCUACUUGAUAAGACAUUUUCAGGUCACUGAAGUUUUAACCAAAGAACAUUGUAUGUCAGCAAUAUAACAGAACUGGUUCAGAAAUAUGGCAUAUGCUAGUCAGUAUUUGUACAUGUCAACAUUUUUGGUUGCUGGUAGUGUUCAGUAUAGUACAUGUUAUAUGGGCAGUACAUACUUUUUCUGACCCAAGUCUUUUCUGUUAUCUCUGACUGGAAAUAGAAGUUAACAGAAUAAUAAUAAUAAUAA